AUGUCGGAACGGAAAGUGCUGAACGUGAGUUGGAGAGGAAUCCCCGCCAAGGCGGCCGGGGAGCGUCCCGAGCCGGGCUGGGCCAGGGGAGGGUUCCCCGAGGGCGCGGGGCGGCCCCGGUUGGUUCGGGAGUCGCUCCCGGGAUCCGUGAGGCCCGAGAUCGAGUCCCCGCUGUGCCCGGUGCCGCCUUGUGCCCAGCCCGGCGCACCGAGUGCCCGUCCUCGGGCACCGCCGGGGAUGGAGACUGCAACCCCCCCCGGGCAGCCCAUUCCGGAGUUUAUCAAAACUUUCCGUGGCUGUGGGCUGGCUGGGGCAGGAUCCCCCCCUCCCCUCCAUGGUUCUCCUGCUGCUCCCCCUCAGACAGACCCCGAGAACACGGAUUACACCAUGGAGCACGGAGCCACCAGGAACUUCCAGGCAGAGAAGCUCCUGGAGGAGGAGGAGAAGAGGAUGCAGGAGGAGAGGGAAGAGGAGGAGCUCAACAAUCCCAUGAAGGUCCUGGAGAACCGAACCAAGGACUCCAAGCUGGAGAUGGAGGUCCUGGAGAACCUGCAGGAGCUGAAGGAGCUCAACCAGCGCCAGGCCAACGUGGAUUUUGAGGCCAUGCUGAAGCAGCACAAGGAGCUGGAGGAGGAGCAGAGGCGCAAGGAGCAGGAGGAGGACGAGCAGGAGAUGAAGGCCAUGCUGGAACAGGCCCAGAACCGCCGGCUCCUGGUGGAUUCCGACUCCGACGAGGAACCGGCAAAACCUCGCCCCGACCCCACGGCCCAGACAAAACCCACGGACAUCCUGCAGGAGGACCCCCAGCCCCAGAGCAAGAGGCCGAGGACGGAGAGCUGGGAGCGCAGCGUGGGCAAGCUCAGCACCAGGGCCCAGCUGGCAGGGCUGGUGGCCCCCAGGAAGCAGAAGCCAGAUCCUGCCCUGGAUAACAGGAUGGAAACCCCAGGAACCACGGCCACCACCGGCUCCCUGCCACCAGCAGCACCAGCACCAGCAGCAGCAGCAGCCACGUCCUCGCUGGGUUUGCUGGGAGCCUACUCGGACAGCGAGGGCAGCGCCAGCGACUGAGGAGCCGGCGGGGCGGGGACAGCAGGGACACAGCCGGGACAGAGCCGGGACAGCAGGGACAGAGCAGGGACAGCCGGGACAGAGCUGGGACAGAGCCGGGACAGCAGGGACAGCAGGGACAACAGGGACAACAGGGACAGAGCCGGGACAGAGCCAAGACAGA